AUGGCGACGCCCGGCCCGCAACUUGCGGCACGAGGCUACGGAUCUAAUGCGACUUACGUCUACGAGUACUCGCGAGGACUGGGUGGAGUCGAUGUCCCCCGCGAUGUUAUCAUCACUCGCAUCAUCUACUCGUCGGUGAUUAUUCUCGCCUUUGCUGUGUUUUGCGGCCGCAUCGCACAGAUCAGCCAUGCAUAUCUUCGCCAAAUCACAUCUUGCACGGCAAACGGUCGACAGCAGACCUUCUGGCGCCGGGAGACAUCAUCACUCUGGUCCUUCAUGAAGAAGCAUAUCCUGUAUUCUCCACUGGGCAAGAAGAGACACAAUCGGGAGAUUCAGCUCUCCUCUGCUGUUGGCAUCGGCACGUUGCCCUCCCGGUUCCAGACCAUUCUGAUCUUUUUGUACUUUGCAAGUCAAGUGGUGUACUGUCUUUUCCUAGACUAUGCCGUCAACAAUAAAGCUGCGCUGGUCGCGGAGCUGCGCGGACGCUCGGGGACGCUGGCCAUCUUGAAUAUGGUGCCGCUGUUUCUGCUGGCGGCGCGCAACAAUCCUUUGAUCUCGAUUUUGCAUAUCAGUUUUGAUACCUACAACCUUCUCCACCGGUGGCUGGGCCGCAUCAUCGUGCUUGAGUCUGUCGUCCAUACUGCAGCCUGGGCAGUCAAUGCGGUUGACGAGCAGGACAUUGGAGACAUGCUAUCUCGCUUGCGAGACACGCCGUUCUUUACAUGGGGAUUGGUAGGGACAGUGGCCAUGGUUUUCCUCGGCCUGCACUCUCCAUCCCCCGUCCGCCAUGCAUUCUACGAGACAUUCCUACACCUUCAUCAACUCGCCGCGCUUCUCGCUUUCCUCGGUGUAUGGUUCCACCUUCAACUAGACAGCCUCCCACAACGCAGCUGGGCCACCUGUAUCGCCGUCAUCUGGCUCACUGAACGUACCACCCGUCUCAUCCGCCUCGCACAUCUCAACCUCUCCACCAAGCACGGAUCCACCAACAUGACCGUCCAAGCUCUACCAGGCGAAGCAUGCCGAGUAACCUUCCACCUACCCAAAAGCGUCCGCAUCGAACCCGGCUGCCACGUCUACGCCUACAUCCCCUGCGUAUCAUGGUGGAUGUCGCACCCCUUCUCUAUCGCCUGGGCCGAAGCCCGCAGUCCCAACCCCAACUCCGCACGCUACCACGACACCAAGUCCCCCAACUCAGUCCUCACCCCAUCAUCCCUGGAAAAACAAUCCCACGACCUAGACACCUACUUCGAGCCCACCCACCGCCCCACAGAAGUCUCCCUCAUUAUCAGCGCACGCCAAGGCAUGACCCGCCGCCUCUACAACCUCGCCCGCAGCAAACCACACCAAAUCCUCCGCGCACCAGGCUUCAUCGAAGGCCCCUACGGCUCCCGCCCCGCCAACGCCUCCAGCUACGGCACAGCCGUCCUCUUCUCCGCCGGUGCAGGAAUAACCCACCACCUCAUAUACACCCGGGACCUCGUCGAGCGCGCCGCUACCUCCCGCGCCGCAACCCGCCGCGUCUACCUCAUCUGGUCCGUCCGCUCGACGGACCACCUCGCCUGGGUAAGCCAAUGGAUGGACCAAAUCCUGCGUCUGCCCGGCCGCCGCGACAUCCUCAUCGUGAAGGUAUUCGUCUCGAAGCCCCGGCGUGCGGCGGAUAUCGUUUCCCCGUCCGCAACGGUCCAGAUGCAUUCUGGUCGGUGUCGGCCCGAGGUCGUCCUUGAUGAACUUAUGCCGAAGAGUGUGGGGGCUACGCUUGUUUCUGUUUGUGGGCCUGGUGCGUUUGCGGAUGAAGUGCGCGCUGCGGCGAGGGGGAAGAUUGGGAAGGGGGCUGUCGUGGAUUUUGUGGAGGAGGCUUUUACUUGGUAG